UAAAGAUGCUUCUGGCUCGGUCGCUUUAUCCCUGCCACUUUAGAAGCUCAACAGCACAACCUACCUCUCGUCACAAUGUCUACUACCGAUAGGGAUGCGUCUCCUACAGAUGGCCUUUCGCCGUCCAUCAAGGGUGGUCCGGAUAUCGGACUCUCGCACGAACAAUCUCCUCCCACUAUCGACCAGGCUGAUCCGGUCGAGACUGGGAUGCCUUCCUUCGAACCGCUCUUCACACUAUUGACAAACUCAACUACGAAUACCACCGUCCAUCCGCGCAUUCACUACCUCUUCUCAGACGACGACCAGUCCAUCCUCUCAGCACCCUCUCAUGAUCCAUCCCACCGCGCCCUCGUCGUAGAUCUCGCACCCGCCCCCGAAGGCUCUGCUAACCGCUGGGCCGUGUCAUGGGCAUCCAGCCUGACGCCUGGGUUUGCCGUGACAGAGUCCAGCGUUGCAGUGCAGCAGGGCGAGGGCGACGAGACCGGUGGCGCGAUACUCCGCGUCGAAGGCGUCGAGCGCGAACCUAUUGAGGCGCGGCCUGAUUCCCUGCCUAAUUCCGGAAGCGGUGCUAUCGGAGGUGAGGAUGCUGAUGUUUUGGCAGAGGACUUCCGGAGACGCAUGGGGGUGUUAAAGAAGGUUGUUGAUGAGAGUGAGAAGAGGCGUAUGGUUAUGGGACAGGACGAACAGAGCCAGUCAAUAGAAGAUGAUGGCGGUGUGCCUGAUGAAGCAAUUCUAGAUUACGAAGACGACAAGGGAAAGGGCAAAGCCAAGGCUGAGGAAGAUUGAUGAUUGUGUUGGAAACUUUGCAUCGUCUUUGAGACUUGUGUCUCAACAUUUGGACAAAGACAUGCUGCCAGCAUGACCUGAUGGCGACUCAAUAGAAGUAAAGCUUGGGCAACAUAAAACAACACCACUCCCAAUAUAUUGUGGAUUAUCAGUUUCAGGUGGACCAGACACCUUUGGGUAUGGCUCUUGGCGUAUGGAAUUUGUUUGACAAGCUCGCUGAAUCGUACUAUGGAUGUACUGAUCCUGACGCUCUUGUAUAUUAUUACAUAAAUUAUCACACCGACUUCUUAGAAUGCUACUGCUAUU